UUCCGGGCUGCGGGGAGGCGCCUCGGCGUUCCAUCUGGAGAGCCCCGCCGGCGUAGGGCGCGAGCCCGGCGCGGGCGGCCGGGGCGCUGGCCGGGCCCCGGGACUGAGAGGCCGCCCGGCGGUGCGGAUGCGCUGCCUGCUCGCCCGAGAUCAAAGCCACCGGUGCUCUCUUUGUGUCCGCUCCGGAUUCGUCGCCCCGAGGCUGGCCGUGGACAUCUAAAAAAACUGCUGGAACCCCCGCCCCCCCCACCCCCGAGGCCGAGAGCCGCGCCGGCACCCUCGUCCAUCUUCGGCGUCUGGCUGGUUCGUGGGGAGGGUGGCCACUCCGACCUGGAUUUACCGUUCUUGGCCCCCGUGAGCCCCCCCGUGCGGGGGGCGCCGGUGAUCGCUCUGGCGGUUGGAGGUCGGGGAGCGGCCCGGGCUCUGGCCAUGUUCUCGGAUGAGGAUUUCUGGAUCACCCUGUGAAGAGGUCUCCCCGAGAGGGCCCUGCCCAGUCGGAGAGAGGGAUGGACAGCCAGAAGCCGCCUGGUGAGGAUAAAGAUUCAGAACCAGCAGCUGAUGGAGCUGCGGCCGCUGAGGAGCCCGACCUUCCCGGCCCUCCUGUCGGGGAGGGGCCUGUCCCCAGUCCUGGGAGUACCCGGCUUCAGGAGCCACGCAGGGACUGCAGUGGGGGUCCAGUGCGGCGCUGUGCUCUCUGUAACUGCGGGGAGCCUAGUCUGCAUGGGCAGCGCGAGCUACGGCGCUUUGAGUUGCCAUUUGACUGGCCCCGGUGUCCAGUGGUGUCCCCUGGGGGGAGCCCAGGGCCCAGAGAGGCAGUGCUGUCCAGUGAGGACCUAUCACAGAUUGGUUUCCCUGAGGGCCUUACACCUGCCCACCUGGGAGAACCUGGAGGGUUCUGCUGGGCUCACCAUUGGUGUGCUGCGUGGUCGGCAGGCGUCUGGGGGCAGGAGGGCCCAGAACUAUGUGGUGUGGACAAGGCCAUCUUCUCAGGGAUCUCACAGCGCUGCUCCCACUGCACCAGGCUCGGUGCCUCCAUCCCUUGCCGCUCGCCUGGAUGUCCACGGCUUUACCACUUCCCCUGUGCAGCUACCAGUGGUUCCUUCUUGUCCAUGAAGACACUGCAGCUGCUCUGCCCAGAGCACAGUGAGGGGGCUGCACAUCUGGAGGAGGCUCGCUGUGCUGUCUGUGAGGGGCCAGGGGAGUUGCGUGACCUGUUGUUCUGUACCAGCUGUGGGCAUCACUACCAUGGGGCCUGCCUCGACAUUGCUCUGACGGCCCGCAAGCGUGCGGGCUGGCAGUGCCCUGAAUGCAAAGUGUGCCAAGCCUGCAGGAAACCUGGGAAUGACUCUAAGAUGUUGGUCUGUGAGACGUGUGACAAGGGAUACCAUACUUUCUGCCUGAAACCACCCAUGGAGGAGCUGCCUGCUCAUUCUUGGAAAUGCAAGGCAUGCCGGGUAUGCCGCGCUUGUGGGGCAGGCUCAGCAGAGCUAAGUCCCCACUGUGAGUGGUUUGAGAACUACUCACUCUGUCACCGCUGUCACGAAGCCCAGGGCGGUCAGCCAGUCAGUUCUGCGGCUGCGCAGCUCGCCCCCGUCUGUGGCAGAUUUUCACCCCCAGAGCCUGGUGGUGAUACCCGUACUGACGAGCCUGAUGCUCUGUACGUUGCAUGCCAAGGGCAGCCAAAGGGUGGGCACGUGACCUCUAUGCAACCCAAGGAACCAGGGCCCCUGCAAUGUGAAGCCAAACCACUAGGGAGAGCAGGGGCCCAGCUUGAGCCCCGACUGGAGACCCCCCGAAGUGAGGAGAUGCCACUGCUGCCCCUCCCUGAAGAGUCACCCCUCUCCCCGCCACCCGAGGAAUCGCCCACAUCUCCACCACCUGAAGCGUCACGUCUGUCACCGCCACCCGAAGAGUCGCCCCUCUCCCCACUGCCCGAGGAGUCUCCUCUGUCUCCCCCACCUGAAGUAUCAUCCUUUUGUCCCCGGGAGGAGUUGCCCUUCUGUCCACCACAAGAGUUGCCUGCAUCUCCUGCUCUGGACACGCCCCUGUCCCCGCCACCUGAAGCGUCCACCUUGUCCCCACCAUUGGAGGAGUCUCCCCUGUCCCCACCACCUGAGGAACUGCCCACUUCCCCACCCCCUGAAGCAUCGCGCCUGUCUCCACCGCCUGAGGAGUCGCCCAUGUCACCUCCGCCGGAGGAGUCGCCCAUGUCUCCACCUCCCGAGGCGUCUCGUCUGUUCCCGCCAUUUGAAGAGUCUCCCCUGUCCCCUCCUCCUGAGGAGUCUCCUGUCUCCCCACCACCUGAGGCCUCACGCCUGUCCCCACCGCCUGAGGACUCACCCAUGUCCCCACCACCCGAAGACUCGCCUAUGUCUCCCCCGCCUGAGGUGUCGCGCCUGUGCCCACCACCUGAGGAAUCCCCCUUAUCCCCACCCCCUGAGGAGUCCCCCACAUCACCUCCACCGGAGGCCUCACGCUUGUCCCCGCCGCCUGAAGACUCGCCAGCAUCCCCACCGCCAGAGGACUCACUCCUGUCCCUGCCCUCGGAGGAGUCACCUCUUUCACCGUUGCCUGAGGAGCUGCCACUCUGCCCUCCACCUGAGGAACCCCGACUCUGCCCCCAGUCUGGGGAGCCACGUCUGUCCCCCCAACCUGAGGAACCGCAUCUAUCCCCCCGGCCUGAGAAAUCUCACCUGUCCCCCGAGCCUGAGAAGCCACGUCUGUCCCCCCAACCUGAGGAACCACACCUGUCUCCUGGGCCUGAGGAGCCACACCUGUCCCCCCGAUCCGAGGAACCAUGCCUAUCACCCCAACCCGAGGAACCUUCAUGCCUGUCCCCACAACUUGAGGAACCUUCACAGCUGUCUCCACAAACUAAAGAGCCAUGCCUGUCCCCCCAUCCUGAGGAACCUUCACGCCUGUCCCCCCAACCUAAGGAGCCAUGCCUGUCACCCCAACCGGAGGAACCAUAUCUGUCCCCUCGACCUAAGGAGCCGCACCUGUCCCCCCAGCUGCAGGAACCAUGCCUGUCCCCUCAGGCUGAGGAGCCGCCCCUGUCCUCUCAACCUGAGGAGCUGGCUCUGUCCCCUCAGCCUGGGGAGUCGCACCUGUCCCCACGGCGGGAGGCAGCAGGCCAGCACACUGCCCCCGAGGCACUGGCCUUGUUCCCCCAGCCUGGAGAGCCACCUGUAGCCCCCUUGCUUGGAGAGCCGGCUCUGUCUGAGCCUGGGGAACCACCUCUGUCCCCUCUGCCUGAAGAGCUGCCCUUGUCACCAUCUGGGGAGCCAUCCUUGUCGCCUCAGCUGAUACCAUCAGAUUCUCUUCCUCCUCCACUUUCACCCAUUAUUACAGCUGUGGCCCCACCAGCCCUGUCUCCUUUGGGGGAGUUAACAUACCCCUUUGGUGCCAAAGGGGACAGUGACCCCGAGUCGUUGGCUGCUCCCAUUCUAGAGACCCCCAUUAGCCCUCCACCUGAAGCUCACUGCACUGACCCUGAGCCCGUGCCCCCAAUGAUCCUGCCCCCGUCCCCAGGCUCCCCUCUGGGCCCGGCAUCUCCCAUCCUGAUGGAACCCCUGCCCCCUCCAUGUUCUCCGCUCCUCCAACAUUCCCUGCCUCCCCCAAGUUCUCCUCCUUCCCAGUGCUCGCCUCUGGCUCUGCCGCUGUCUCUGCCUUCCCCGUUGAGUCCUGUAGGAAAGGCAGAGCCCCUCUCAGAUGAGCCUGAGCUACACCCGAUGGAGACUGAGAAGGUCCCAGAGCCCGAGUGCCCGGCCUUGGAACCCAGUGUCACCAGUCCUCUUCCCUCCCCGAUGGAGGAGCUGUCCUGCCCCGCCCCCAGCCCUGCACCAGCCCUGGAGGACUUCCCUGGCCUGGGGGAGGACACGGCCCCUCUGGAUGGGGCUGCUGCUGCUCAUGCACAGCCAGCGGCGGGAGAGGCCCCUGGCAGUGAAGUGAAAGGCUCCCCUGAGCUCCUGGACCCUGAGGAGCUGGCCCCUGUGACCCCUAUGGAGGUCUAUGGCCCAGAAUGCAAGCAGCCAGGGCAGGGCUCACCCUGUGAAGAGCAGGAGGAACCACGUGUAACAGUGGCCCCCACACCACCUACUCUCAUCAAAUCUGAUAUUGUUAAUGAAAUUUCUAAUCUGAGCCAGGGUGAUGCCAGUGCCAGUUUUCCUGGUUCGGAGCCCCUGUUGGGCUCUCCUGACCCUGAAGGGGGUGGCUCCCUGUCCAUGGAGCUAGGGGUAUCUACGGAUGUGAGUCCAGCCCGAGAUGAGGGCUCCCUGCGGCUCUGUACCGACUCGCUGCCAGAGACUGAUGACUCACUCUUGUGUGAUGCUGGGACAGCCGUCAGCGGAGGCAAAGCUGAGGGGGACAAGGGGAGGCGGCGUAGUUCUCCAGCCCGUUCUCGCAUCAAACAGGGUCGCAGCAGCAGUUUCCCAGGACGACGGCGACCUCGAGGAGGAGCCCAUGGAGGACGAGGGAGAGGACGGGCCCGGCUAAAAUCUACUACGUCUUCCGUUGAGACUCUGGUAGUUGCUGAUAUCGAUGGCUCCCCCAGCAAGGAGGAGGAGGAGGAUGACGACGACACCAUGCAGAACACUGUGGUCCUCUUCUCCAACACGGACAAAUUUGUCCUAAUGCAGGACAUGUGUGUGGUAUGUGGCAGCUUCGGCCGAGGUGCAGAGGGCCACCUCCUGGCAUGUUCGCAGUGUUCUCAAUGCUACCAUCCCUACUGUGUCAACAGCAAGAUUACCAAGGUGAUGCUCUUGAAGGGCUGGCGCUGCGUGGAGUGCAUUGUGUGCGAGGUGUGCGGCCAGGCCUCUGACCCCUCUCGCCUGCUGCUGUGUGACGACUGUGACAUCAGCUAUCACACCUACUGCUUGGACCCUCCACUGCUCACAGUGCCCAAGGGCGGCUGGAAGUGCAAGUGGUGUGUGUCCUGUAUGCAGUGUGGGGCCGCUUCCCCUGGCUUCCACUGUGAGUGGCAAAAUAGUUACACACACUGUGGGCCCUGUGCCAGCUUGGUGACCUGCCCCAUCUGCCAUGCUCCUUACGUGGAAGAGGACCUGCUGAUCCAGUGCCGACACUGUGAACGGUGGAUGCAUGCUGGCUGUGAGAGCCUCUUCACAGAGGAUGAUGUGGAGCAGGCAGCCGAUGAAGGCUUUGACUGUGUCUCCUGCCAGCCCUAUGUGGUGAAGCCUGUGGCACCUGUUGCGCCUCCAGAGUUGGUGCCUGUGAAAGCAAAGGAGCCAGAGCCCCAGUACUUUCGUUUUGAAGGUGUGUGGCUGACAGAAACUGGCAUGGCUGUGCUGCGCAACCUGACCAUGUCACCCCUGCACAAGCGGCGCCAGCGGCGAGGACGGCUUGGGCUCCCAGGCGAGGUGGGGCUGGAGGGUUCUGAACCUUCAGAUACCCUUGGCCCCGAUGACAAGAAGGAUGGGGACCUGGAUGCCGAAGAGCUGCUCAAGGGUGAAGGUGGUGUGGAGCACAUGGAAUGUGAAAUUAAAAUGGAGGGCCCCACCAGUCCGGAUGCGGAACCUGGCAAAGAGGAGACUGAGGAAAGCAAAAAACGCAAGCGCAAGCCUUACCGACCUGGCAUUGGUGGCUUCAUGGUGCGGCAGAGGAAAUCCCACACUCGUGUGAAGAAGGGGCCUGCUGCCCAGUCGGAGGUGUUGAGUGGGGAUGGGCAGCCUGACGAGGUGAUGCCUGUGGACCUGCCUGCAGAGGGCUCCGGGGAACAGGGCUCAGCUGAUGCCGAUGAGAAGAAGAAGCAGCAGCGGAGAGGGCGCAAGAAGAGCAAGCUGGAGGACAUGUUCCCUGCUUACCUGCAGGAGGCCUUCUUUGGCAAAGAGCUGCUGGACCUGAGCCGAAAGGCCCUUUUUGCAGUUGGGAUGGGCCGACCAGGCUUUGGACUAGGAACCCCCAAAGGCAAGGGUGAUGGAGGUUCAGACAGGAAGGAACCUUCCGCCUCACAGAAAGGGGAUGAUGGUCCAGAUGUUGCAGAUGAGGAGUCCCAUGGUCCUGAGGGCAAGGCUGAUACACCAGGCCCUGAGGAUGGUGGUGUAAAGGCAUCCCCAGUGCCCAGUGACCCCGAGAAGCCGAGCACUCCAGGUGAAGGGAUGCUUAGCUCCGACUUAGACCGGAUUCCCACGGAAGAACUGCCCAAGAUGGAAUCCAAGGACCUGCAGCAGCUCUUCAAGGAUGUCCUGGGUUCAGAACGAGAACAACAUCUGGGCUGUGGGACCCCUGGCCUGGAAGGCAACCGCACGCCGCUGCAGAGGCCCGUUGUCCACGGCGGACUCCCUUUGGGCAGUCUUCCUUCCAGCAGCCCAUUGGACUCCUACCCAGGCCUCUGCCAGUCCCCAUUCCUGGAUUCCAGGGAGCGCGGGGGCUUUUUCAGCCCAGAACCCGGUGAGCCAGACAGCCCCUGGACAGGCUCAGGGGGCACCACGCCCUCCACCCCCACAACCCCCACCACGGAGGGUGAGGGCGACGGGCUGUCCUAUAACCAGCGGAGUCUGCAGCGCUGGGAGAAGGAUGAGGAGUUGGGCCAGCUCUCCACCAUCUCCCCUGUGCUCUAUGCCAACAUUAACUUUCCCAACCUCAAGCAAGAUUACCCAGACUGGUCCAGCCGUUGCAAACAAAUCAUGAAGCUCUGGAGAAAGGUCCCAGCCGCUGACAAAGCCCCCUACCUGCAAAAGGCCAAAGAUAACCGGGCAGCUCACCGCAUCAACAAGGUGCAGAAGCAGGCUGAGAGCCAGAUCAACAGGCAGCCCAAGGUGGGCGACACAGCCCGGAAGACUGAGCGACCGGCCCUGCAUCUUCGCAUUCCCCCUCAGCAGGGGGCACUGGGCAGCCCACCCCCUGCUGCCGCCCCCACCGUUUUCCUUGGCAGCCCCACUCCCCCCGCCGGCAUGUCUACCUCUGCGGACGGGUUCCUGAAGCCGCCAGCAGGCACCGUGCCUGGCCCCGACUCGCCCGGUGAGCUCUUCCCCAAGCUCCCGCCCCAGGUGCCCGCCCAAGUGCCUUCGCAGGACCCCUUUGGACUGGCCCCUGCCUAUGCCCUGGAGCCCCGCUUCCCCGUGGCACCACCCAACUACCCCACUUAUCCUAAUGUAGCUGGGGCCCCUGCGCAGUCCCCAGUGCCAGGUGCCUCCACUCGUCCUGGGCCUGGCCUGCCAGGGGAAUUCCACGUUACCCCACCUGGCACCCCCCGGCACCAGCCCUCUACACCCGACCCCUUUCUCAAACCCCGCUGCCCCUCAUUGGACAACCUGGCUGUGCCUGAGAGCCCCGGGGUAGGGGGAGGCAAGGCUUCCGAGCCCCUGCUCUCACCCCCACCACUUGGGGAGGCCCGUAAGGCCCUGGAGGUGAAGAAGGAAGAGCUUGGGGCAUCCUCCCCUAGCUAUGGGCCCCCAAACCUGGGUUUUGUUGACCCAUCCUCCUCAGGCCCCCACCUUGGUGGGCUGGAGUUAAAGGCACCUGAUGUCUUCAAAGCCCCACUGACCCCUCGGGCAUCUCAGGUAGAGCCCCAGAGCCCGGGCUUGGGUCUACGGCCCCAGGAGCCGCCCCUUGCCCAAGCUUUGGCUCCUUCUCCCCCAAGCCACCCAGACAUCUUUCGUCCCAGCCCUUACCCUGACCCCUAUGCCCAGCCCCCACUGACCCCUCGGCCCCAGCCCCCAGCCCCUGAGAGCUGUUGCGCCCUGCCCCCUCGCUCACUGCCCUCUGACCCUUUUUCCCGAGUACCUGCCAGCCCUCAGUCCCAGUCCAGCUCCCAGUCACCAUUGACACCCCGUCCUCUGUCUGCUGAGGCUUUUUGCCCGUCUCCUGUCACCCCUCGCUUCCAGUCCCCUGACCCUUACUCCCGCCCACCCUCACGCCCUCAGUCCCGUGACCCAUUUGCCCCAUUGCAUAAGCCACCCCGUCCCCAGCCCUCUGAAGUUGCCUUUAAGGCUGGGUCUCUAGCCCACACUCCCCUGGGGGCUGGGGGCUUCCCAGCAGCCCUGCCCUCGGGGCCAGCCGCUGAGCUCCAUGCCAAGGUCCCAAGUGGGCAGCCCCCCAAUUUUGCCCGUUCCCCAGGGACAGGCGCAUUUGUGAGCACCCCAUCUCCCAUGCGUUUCACUUUCCCUCAGGCAGCCGGGGAGCCUCCCCUAAAGCCCCCUGUCCCUCAGCCUGGUCUCCCUCCACCCCAUGGGAUCAACAGCCAUUUUGGGCCCGGCCCCACUUUGGGCAAGCCUCAAAGCACAAACUACGCAGUAGCUGCGGGGAACUUUCACCCAUCGGGCAGCCCCCUGGGGCCUGGCAGCGGGUCCACAGUGGAGGGCUAUGGGCUGUCCCCGCUACGCCCCACGUCAGUUCUGCCACCACCUGCACCCGACGGAUCCCUCCCCUACCUGUCCCACGGAGCCUCACAGCGGGCAAGCAUCACCUCUCCAGUCGAAAAGCGAGAAGAGUCAGGGGCUGGAAUGAGUAGCUCUUUGGUGGCACCUGAACUCCCAGGUACCCAAGACCCUGGCAUGUCCAGCCUUAGCCAGACAGAGCUGGAGAAGCAGCGACAGCGCCAGCGACUCCGUGAGCUGCUGAUCCGCCAGCAGAUCCAGCGUCACAGCCUGCGGCAGGAGAAGGAGACAGCUGCGGCAGCUGGAGGAGCAGCGGGGCCCCCAGGCAGCUGGGGCGCAGAACCCAGCAGCCCUGCCUUUGAGCAGCUGAGCCGAGGCCAGGCGCCCUUUGCUGGGACUCAGGAUAAGGGCAGUCUCGUGGGAUUGCCCCCAGGCAAGCUGGGGGGCUCUGUCCUGGGACCAGGGCCCUUCCCCAGUGAUGAUCGACUAUCUCGGCCACCUCCACCAGCCACGCCUUCCUCUGUGGACGUGAACGGCCGGCAAUUGGUAGGAGGCUCCCAGGCCUUCUAUCAGCGAGCGCCCUAUCCUGGCUCCCUGCCCUUGCAGCAGCAACAGCUGUGGCAGCAGCAACAGCAGCAACAGCAACAGCAGGCGACGUCAGCUGCCUCCAUGCGACUUGCCAUGUCGACUCGCUUUCCAUCAACUCCUGGCCCUGAGCUUAGCCGCCAAGCCCUGGGGUCCUCCUUGCCGGGAAUUCCCACUCGCUUGCCAGGCCCUGGUGAGCCAGUGCCUGGCCCAGCUGGUCCUGCUCAGUUCAUUGAGUUGAGGCACAAUGUACAGAAAGGACUAGGACCUGGAGGGGCUCCAUUUCCUGGUCAGGGCCCCCCUCAGAGACCUCGGUUUUACCCUGUGACUGAAGACCCCCAUCGACUGGCUCCCGAAGGGCUGCGGGGCCUGGUGCUGUCAGGCCUUCCUUCACAGAAACCAUCAGCUCCACCUGCCCCUGAGCUGAGCAACAACCUCCAUGCCCCGCCCCUCACCAAGGCUUCCACCUUGCCUGCUGGCCUGGAGCUGGUCAGCCGGCCACCCUCCAGCACUGAGCUCAGCCGGCCACCACCUCUGGCUCUGGAUACAGGGAAGCUGCCCUGUGAGGACCCUGAGCUGGAUGAUGACUUUGAUGCCCACAAGGCCCUGGAGGACGAUGAAGAACUUGCUCACCUGGGGCUGGGUGUGGAUGUGGCCAAGGGUGAUGAUGAGCUGGGCACCCUGGAAAACCUGGAGACCAACGACCCCCACCUGGAUGACCUGCUCAACGGAGAUGAGUUUGAUCUUCUGGCCUACACUGACCCCGAGCUGGACACUGGGGACAAGAAGGACAUCUUCAACGAGCACCUGAGGCUGGUGGAGUCGGCUAAUGAGAAAGCCGAGCGGGAGGCCCUGCUGCGGGGGGUGGAGCCAGGACCCUCGGUCUCUGAGGAGCGCCCACCCCCUGUUGCUGAUGCCUCUGAACCCCGCCUGGCAGAGGUGAAGCCCAAGGUGGAGGAGGGUGGACGUCACCCUUCCCCUUGCCAGUUCACCAUCAACACCCCAAAGGUAGAACCAGCACCUGCUACCACUUCCCUUGGCCUGGGCCUGAAGCCAGGACAAAACAUGAUGGGCAGCCGAGAGACCCGGAUGGGCACAGGGCCAUUUUCCAGCAGUGGGCACACAGCAGAGAAGGGCCCCUUUGGGACCACAGGGGGACCACCAGCUCAUCUGCUAGCCCCCAGCCCACUAAGCGGCUCAGCGGGAUCUUCCCUGCUGGAAAAGUUUGAGCUUGAGAGUGGGUCCCUGAGCUUGCCUGGUGGCCCUGCAGCAUCUGGGGACGAGCUGGACAAGAUGGAGAGCUCCCUGGUAGCCAGUGAUCUGCCCCUGCUCAUCGAGGACCUGUUGGAACAUGAGAAGAAGGAGCUGCAGCAGCGGCAGCAGCUCUCAGCACAGCUGCAGCCAGCGCAGCAGCAGCAGCAGCAGCAGCAGCAGCAGCUGAUACUGUCUGCAACAGGCCCUGCCCAGGCCAUGGCUCUGCCACAUGAAGGCUCUUCUCCAAGUUUGUCUGGACCUCAACAGCAGCUUGCAUUGGGUAUUGGAGGGGCCCGGCAGCCAGGCUUGGGCCAACCACUGAUGCCUACCCAGCCACCGGCUCAUGCCCUUCAGCAGCGCUUGGCCCCAUCCAUGGCCAUGAUGUCCAACCAAGGGCAUAUGCUAAGCGGGCAGCAUGGGGGACAGGCAGGCUUGGUGCCCCAGCAGAGCCCACAGCCAGUGCUACCACAGAAGCCCAUGGGUACCAUGCCGCCUUCCAUGUGCAUGAAGCCUCAGCAGUUGGCAAUGCAACAGCAGUUGGCUAACAGCUUCUUCCCAGACACAGACCUGGAUAAAUUUGCUGCUGAAGAUAUCAUUGAUCCUAUUGCAAAGGCCAAGAUGGUGGCUUUGAAAGGCAUUAAGAAAGUGAUGGCGCAGGGCAGCAUUGGGGUGGCACCUGGUAUGAACAGGCAGCAAGUGUCCCUGCUAGCCCAGAGGCUCUCAGGGGGACCUGGCAGUGAUCUGCAAAACCACGUGGUACCAGGGAGUGGACAGGAGCGGAAUGCCGGGGAUCCCUCCCAGUCUCGUCCCAACCCACCCACUUUUGCACAGGGAGUGAUCAACGAGGCCGACCAGCGGCAGUAUGAAGAGUGGCUGUUCCAUACCCAGCAGCUCCUACAGAUGCAGCUGAAGGUGCUUGAGGAACAGAUUGGUGUGCACCGCAAGUCCCGGAAGGCCCUGUGCGCCAAGCAGCGAACUGCCAAAAAGGCUGGCCGUGAGUUCCCGGAAGCUGAUGCUGAAAAGCUCAAGUUGGUUACAGAGCAGCAGAGCAAGAUCCAGAAACAGCUGGAUCAGGUCCGUAAACAGCAGAAAGAACACACUAAUCUCAUGGCAGAGUAUCGGAAUAAGCAGCAGCAGCAGCAGCAACAGCAGCAGCAACAACAACAACAACACUCGGCUGUACUGACUCUUAGUCCCUCCCAGAGUCCCCGGCUACUCACAAAGCUCCCGGGCCAGCUACUCCCUGGCCAUGGGCUGCAGCCACUACAGGGACCCCCUGGUGGGCAAGCUGGAGGUCUUCGCAUGCCCCCUGGGGCUAUGGCGCUACCUGGACAACCUGGUGGUCCCUUCCUCAACUCAUCCAUGGCUCAACAACAGCAUUCUGGAGGGGCUGGAUCCCUGACUGGCCCAUCAGGGGGCUUUUUCCCUGGCAACCUUACUCUUCGAAACAUUGCACCUGACUCAAGACUUCUACAGGAGAGGCAACUGCAGCUGCAACAGCAGCGCAUGCAGCUUGCCCAGAAACUGCAGCAGCAGCAGCACCUCCUGGGACAGGUGGCAAUCCAGCAGCAACAGCAGCAGGGUUCUGGCGUGCAAGCAAACCAAGCUUUGGGUCCCAAACCCCAGGGACUUCUGCCCCCCAGCAACCACCAAGGUCUCCUGGUCCAGCAGCUCUCCCCUCAGCCACCGCAGGGGCCUCAGGGCAUGCUGGGCCCUGCCCAGGUGGCAGUGCUGCAGCAGCAGCAGCAUCCUGGAGCUUUGGGUCCACAGGGCCCCCACAGACAGGUGCUUAUGACCCAAAGUCGGGUGCUGACGUCCCCCCAGCUGGCUCAGCAGGGUCAGGGCCUUAUGGGACAACGGCUGGUCACAGCCCAGCAGCAGCAGCAACAGCAGGGCUCCAUGGCAGGGCUUUCCCAUAUUCAGCAGGGGCUGAUGUCCCACAGUGGGCAGCCUAAACUGAAUGCCCAGUCCAUGAGUUCCUUGCAGCCACAGCAGCAGCAGCAACAGCAGCUACAGCAGCAGCAGCAACAGCAGCUACAGCAACAGCAGCUACAGCAGCAGCAACAUCAGCAACUACAGCAACAGCAGCUACAGCAGCAGCAGCAACAGCAGCAGCUACAGCAACAGCAAUUUCAGCAGCAGCAGCAACAGCAGCAGAUGGGCCUUUUGAACCAGAGUCGAACUUUACUGUCUCCUCAGCAGCAGCAGCAGCAGCAGGUGACCCUUGGCCCCGGCAUGCCAGCCAAGCCUCUUCAACACUUUUCUAGCCCCGGAGCCCUGGGCCCAACCCUCCUUUUGCCGGGCAAGGAACAAAACAUUGUAGAGACGGCUCUUCCUUCAGAGGUCGCUGAGGGGGCCUCAGUCCAUCAGGGAGGAGGGCCUCUAGGAGUAGGGACUACACCUGAGCCCAUGGCUGUUGAACCAGGGGAGGUAAAACCUUCGCUCUCUGGGGACUCACCACUCCUGCUUGUCCAACCCCAAGCCCAGCCUCAGCCUCAGCCUCAGCCUCAGCCUCAGCCUCAGCCUGGCUCUCUGCAGCUACAGCCACCUCUGAGGCUCCCAGGACAACAGCAGCAACAGCAAGUUAACUUGCUUCACUCAGCAGGCAUGGGAAGCCAUGGGCAGCUAGGCGGCGGAUCGUCUGAGGCCUCAGCUGUGCCCCAGCUCCUGGUCCAACCCUCUGUUUCCGUAGGGGACCAGCCCGGACCCGUGACCCAGAACCUUCUUGGCCCCCAGCCUUCCCUUGGGCUAGAACAGCCCCUGCAGAAUAAUACAGGGCCACAGCUUCCCAAACCAGGACCUGCUCCCCAGACUGGGCAGGGUCUGCCUGGGGUUGGAGUCAUGCCUGCAGUGGGUCAGCUUCGAGCACAGCUUCAAGGAGUCCUGGCCAAAAACCCGCAGCUGCGGCACUUGAGUCCUCAGCAGCAGCAGCAGCUGCAGGCCCUUCUUGUGCAGCGGCAACUGCAGCAGAGUCAGGCCGUACGCCAGACUCCACCUUUCCAGGAGCCUGGGACGCAGCCCUCUCCUCUGCAGGGCCUGCUGGGCUGCCAGCCACAACCUGGGGGUUUCCCUGGGCCCCAGCUAGGCCCUCCCCAGGAGCUGGGGGCAGGGCCUCGACCUCAGGGCCCACCCCGGCCCCCUGUCCCACAAGGAGCCUCACCCGCAGGACCAGCACUUGGACCUGUCCACCCCACGCCUCCGCCAUCCAGCCCCCAAGAGCCAAAGAGACCUUCUUCACAGUUACCUUCCCCCAAUGCCCAGCUUCCCUCCGCCCAUCCAGGGACUCCAAAGCCUCUUGGGAGGGUCUCACCUGCUUCUGCCCAGCACACAGAUACCUUCUUUGGCAAAGGGCUGGGACCUUGGGACCCCCCAGACAACUUAGCAGAAACCCAGAAGCCAGAGCAGAGCAACCUGGUAGCUGGGCAUCUGGAGCAAGUGAAUGGACAGGUGGUGCCUGAACCACCCCAACUCAGCAUCAAACAGGAGCCUCGGGAAGAGCCAUGUGCCCUGGGAGCCCAAGCGGUGAAGAGGGAGGCCAAUGGGGAGCCAGUAGGGACAGCAGGUACCAGCAACCACCUCCUGCUGGCAGGCCCCCGCUCAGAGGCUGGGCAUCUGCUCUUGCAGAAGCUUCUACGAGCAAAGAAUGUGCAACUCAACGCUGGGCGGGGGCCUGAGGGGCUGCGAACUGAGAUCAACGGGCACAUUGACAGCAAGCUGGCUGGGCUGGAGCAGAAACUGCAGGGUACCCCCAUCAACAAGGAGGAUGCGGCAGCAAGGAAACCUUUGACAUCAAAGCCCAAGCGGGUCCAGAAGGCAGGCGACAGGUUGGUGAGCUCCAGAAAAAAGCUCCGGAAGGAGGACGGGCUGAGGGCCAGCGAAGCCUUGCUGAAGCAACUGAAGCAGGAGCUGUCUCUGCUGCCCCUGACGGAGCCUACUAUCACCGCCAACUUCAGCCUCCUGGCUCCCUUUGGCAGUGGUUGCCCAGUCAGUGGGCACAACCAGCUAAGAGGGGCCUUUGGAAGUGGGACGCUAACCACUGGCGCUGACUACUAUUCUCAGCUGCUGACCAAGAAUAACCUGAGUAACCCGCCGACACCACCCUCGUCGCUGCCCCCCACCCCACCCCCAUCGGUGCAGCAGAAGAUGGUGAAUGGUGUCACUGCGUCUGAGGAACUGGGGGAGAACCCCAAGGAUGCCACGUCUGCCCGGGACACAGAAGGCACGCUGCGGGAUGCUUCCGAGGUGAAGAGUCUUGACCUGCUGGCUGCCUUGCCCACGCCCCCUCACAACCAGACCGAGGAUGUCAGGAUGGAGAGCGAUGAGGACAGUGACUCUCCUGACAGCAUCGUGCCAGCUUCAUCCCCCGAGAGCAUCCUGGGAGAGGAGGCCCCUCGUUACCCUCAGCUGGGCUCUGGCCGGUGGGAACAGGAUGAUCGGGCCCUGUCCCCUGUCAUACCCAUCAUCCCUCGGGCCAAUAUCCCAGUCUUCUCAGAUGCCAAGCCGUAUGUGGCCCUUGACCUGGACGUCUCAGGAAAGCUGCCUGCUGUGGCUUGGGAAAAAGGCAAAGGAAGUGAGGUGUCUGUCAUGCUGACAGUGUCUGCUGCCGCAGCCAAGAACCUGAAUGGGGUGAUGGUGGCGGUGGCAGAGCUGCUAAGCAUGAAGAUUCCCAACUCCUAUGAGGUGCUGUUCCCAGAGAGCCCUGCUCGGAUUGGCAUGGUGCCCAAAAAGGGAGAUGCUGAGGGUGCCGUAGGGAAAGAGAAGGGUCUGGGAGACAAGAACCCAGAUGCUGGCCCCGAGUGGCUCAAGCAGUUUGAUGCUGUGUUGCCCGGCUACACGCUUAAAAGCCAGCUGGACAUCUUGAGCCUCCUGAAGCAGGAGAGCCCUGCCCCCGACCUGCCUACCCAGCACAGCUACACCUACAACGUCUCCAAUCUGGACGUGCGACAGCUCUCAGCCCCGCCCCCUGAGGAGCCCUCCCCACCCCCAUCCCCUUUGGCACCCUCUCCUGCCAGCCCCCCUGCCGAGCCCCUGGUUGAACUUCCAUCUGAAAUCUCAGCUGAGCCACCUGUCCCCUCCCCUCUGCCGCUGGCCUCAUCCCCUGAAUCUGCCCGGCCCAAACCCCGAGCCCGGCCCCCUGAGGAAGGUGAAGAUUCCCGUCCCCCUCGUCUCAAGAAGUGGAAGGGGGUGCGCUGGAAGCGACUGCGGCUGCUGCUGACCAUCCAGAAGACCAGCGGGCAUCAGGAAGAUGAGCGGGAAGUUGCAGAGUUCAUGGAGCAGCUGGGCACAGCCUUGCGGCCUGACAAGGUGCCUCGGGAUAUGCGGCGCUGCUGCUUCUGUCACGAGGAGGGUGAUGGGGCCACGGAUGGGCCAGCCCGCCUGUUGAACUUGGACCUGGACCUCUGGGUGCACCUCAAUUGUGCUCUCUGGUCCACGGAGGUAUAUGAGACCCAGGGUGGGGCGCUGAUGAAUGUGGAGGUUGCCCUCCACCGAGGCCUGCUCACCAAGUGCUCCCUGUGCCAGCGAACCGGUGCCACCAGCAGCUGCAACCGCAUGCGUUGCCCCAAUGUCUACCAUUUUGCCUGUGCCAUUCGCGCCAAGUGCAUGUUCUUCAAGGACAAGACCAUGCUGUGUCCAAUGCAUAAGGUCAAGGGCCCCUGUGAGCAGGAGCUGAGCUCGUUUGCGGUCUUCCGCCGGGUCUACAUCGAGCGGGACGAGGUGAAGCAGAUAGCCAGCAUCAUCCAGCGGGGGGAGCGGCUGCACAUGUUCCGCGUCGGGGGCCUCGUGUUCCAUGCCAUUGGGCAGUUGCUCCCACACCAGAUGGCUGAUUUCCACAGUGCCACUGCCCUCUACCCGGUGGGCUACGAGGCCACGCGCAUCUAUUGGAGCCUUCGCACCAACAACCGGCGCUGCUGCUACCGCUGUUCCAUCAGUGAGAACAAUGGGCGGCCUGAGUUCAUAAUCAAAGUCAUGGAGCAAGGCCUGGAGGAUCUCAUCUUCACUGACGCCUCUCCCCAGGCCGUUUGGAACCGCAUCAUCGAGCCUGUGGCUGCCAUGAGGAAGGAGGCUGACAUGCUGCGGCUCUUCCCCGAGUACCUGAAGGGCGAGGAGCUCUUCGGGUUGACAGUGCACGCGGUGCUCCGCAUAGCUGAAUCACUGCCUGGGGUGGAGAGCUGUCAGAACUAUUUAUUCCGCUAUGGACGCCACCCCCUGAUGGAGCUGCCUCUUAUGAUCAAUCCCACUGGCUGUGCCCGAUCCGAGCCUAAGAUCCUUACACACUACAAACGGCCCCACACCCUGAACAGCACCAGCAUGUCUAAGGCGUAUCAGAGCACCUUCACAGGCGAGACCCACACCCCGUACAGCAAGCAGUUUGUGCACUCCAAGUCAUCCCAGUACCGACGGCUGCGCACUGAGUGGAAGAACAACGUGUAUCUGGCUCGCUCCCGGAUCCAGGGCCUGGGGCUCUAUGCAGCCAAGGACCUAGAGAAGCACACGAUGGUCAUCGAGUACAUCGGCACCAUCAUUCGCAACGAGGUGGCCAACCGGCGGGAGAAGAUCUACGAGGAGCAGAAUCGAGGCAUCUACAUGUUCCGAAUAAACAAUGAGCACGUGAUUGAUGCCACGUUGACCGGUGGCCCUGCCAGGUACAUUAACCAUUCCUGUGCCCCUAACUGCGUGGCGGAGGUCGUGACGUUUGACAAAGAGGACAAGAUCAUCAUCAUCUCCAGCCGGCGAAUCCCCAAGGGAGAGGAGCUGACCUAUGACUAUCAGUUUGAUUUUGAGGACGAUCAGCACAAGAUCCCCUGCCACUGUGGAGCCUGGAAUUGUCGGAAAUGGAUGAACUGAGAAGCUUUGAGGCUACCAGGCAGGGGAGUUCUCCACCCCCAACCUCUUCCCUGAAAGGGAUGAGGGGGAAGAGAGGUAGCAGCCAGAGCCAGGACCCAGGGUUGGGGCUGCCGGCUGACCGGAGCCCCUGGCACAGGAGGCUGGGGCAGAAGGGCCCUAGGCCAAGCCCACCCUGGGCACCAGGGACAACCCCUUCCCCGCCACCGGCCCUCAGGCUGGCAUCUCUGCCCCCAGCUCUAGGAGGGGCCAGACAGAAGCAGCCGUUGGGCAUCUCAGGUUUGAGGGGGAUACGGGCCGGGAGCUACCCAGAAGCCUCUGGGGCAGCAGGGAAAGGAGGAGGAUGUGGGGCCUCAAAGCCCUGCUGCCCCCUCCUACUCCUCUAGCCCGACUCAAGGCUGCAAAGAGACUUGACUAAGCGUGACAAUCCCAAAGGCCGGGUCCCACACCUGGCCCUGCCUGCCGGGUCCUGCCCCCCCCACCCCCGCACUCCCACCCCUCCCGCUUGAUCUGUCUCUGUCUCGCUCUUCUCCUCUGUGUUUCUGUCUCUCUAUGGCUUGUGUUUCCUUGUUUUCCACUCUGACAAAUGCAACAUGAACGGGAAAGAGGCGCCAAGCUGCCCAGGAGGGCACGCUGGGCAAGCCGGGCAAGGAGACCCCGCACCCACACCUACCUCAUUUAAGUGUUGGAUUUUUUGCUGUUUUGAAAUGUGAGACCCUCUCUAAGCCCCCAACUGCCCCAACCCUCUCCCCCACCUCACUGCCCUCUUCUGAGUGGGUGGAAGGGGGGUAGGAGGAGGAAGAAAAAACAACAACAAAAAAUCCAUCUUCGUUUUUAAUUAUGGGCAUGGGAUGGUGGUUGAGGCAAAUGAUGGUGAAGAUUGGGGAUGACUGGCCCCUGGUUGCUCUGGGACUUCCCUCUCCGUCUGGACAUGGGCAGGAGGGAUGUGCUAAUCCUAGGACCGGGACGUCUCCCUCCUGUUCUCCCAACCUCAUCAUGUGCCCAUUGGCCCUGCAGCCCCUGUGUGGGGUGGGUGGGGUGGGUGAGGGCUGGCCCGAGAGGCAUGCCCGCACCCAGUGAGGCAGGGUGUGGCCCGGAGCUCCCACUUGCCCUCAGUCACCAAACUGCUGCUGGUCUGGUGGGAAGGGGUGGUGAUGUGGGGUGGGGAGCUUAGUGUCAGCGCGGGGAGGGUGGGGGGUAUUUAUCUAUUUAUACAUGGGGUUGUACAUAGUCUUGUGGGGCACGGGGGAGCCGGCAGGAGGUGAGAGCCCUCCCCUCUCCCCCACCCCCGGGGAGAGCAAAUGUAAAACUACUAAUUUUUGUGCUUUAUAUAUUCUAUAUAAAUAUAUCUAUUUUCUUUUUACAAAACCAGUUUAUAAAUGGUAGGGGGCAUGGGGCGGACACAUGGAGCUCCCCUUGUGGGGGGGCCCCCUCCAUUACCCAACCUACCGCCCUUUUCCUCACCCCCACCCUCUUCCCCUACCCCCUGGCUGUGACUGCUGUAAGGUGGGGGUACAGAGAGAGGCUGGGCUAGGCCCACCUGAUUCUAUCAUUAGACUAUGUGAUAACGCACAAAAGUGAGCUGACCCCAGGGGGAGCCAGAGGGUGAUGGGUUCCCUGCCUCCUACCCUUCCCCUUUCUGCCCAAGCUUGUGCUGCAGUUGAACCUCUUUCUGGGGGUGAGGGGAGGUGGGGGUGGGUGAGGCCCCAGACGGCGCUCUGGUUGGGAGCGUGGGAAUGAAGAUGAAGCUUAUAUGCAGUUCUCUCCUAGGGGCUGUGGGCAAAGGGCAUUUUGUAAUAUUUUCAAGAAUCAAUUGUCUGGCGUGCAGGAGUGGGCUCGGUGGUGACGGACGGGCAGGCCUGCUGGAGGGGGGCACAGUUGCUGUUGUGAUUUUAGGUUUGUUUUUGUUUUGAAUUUCUGGGGGUUGUGGAUUGAUGGGGGGUAAGGAGAUUUAUUUUUUUUCAAAGCUGCUUCCUCAACUGUUUCAAGCUACAGAUGUUUAAGAGAACACCCCCACUCCCACAAGAACCGCUGUAAUUAAAUCGGACAGUGGGGAGACUGGGCUGCCCCCAAAGCCACAGCCCUUGGACGUCCAGGCUCCGGGGAGGGGGCGACUGGCUUGUGUGAGUCGGGCUCUGGUUGGGGCUUGGGCCCUGGGAUUGGGCAAAGGAGCUGGGCAGACUUUGUAAGCUAUGCUAGGUAUCCAAUAGUCCUGUAGAAGUUAGUAAAGAAACCUUAUACAGUUUUUAAUUUUUAUAUAAACUAUAACUCAGACCCAAGCUACAAGGUUGGAAUUUUGGUUGUUGGUUUUUUUUUCUUUUUGUUUUUUUUUAAUACCCUGCCUGUAUAAUUGCAUCAGAAUUUCCUCCUCCCUCCCGCUGCCCCCACCCCCGUGUUUGUAUUUUGGGUUGGUUUACACUUGCACAUAUUUGAUUUUCAGUUUUUCCCCUUUAGUCUUCUAUUCUCACCUCCAGGACCCUCCCCCUUUUUAAAAAAUAAAUCGCUGACAAGUGUGAAUCCCGUGAAGACUUUAUUUUGUGUUGUGUGUAUCCUGUACAGCAAGGUUGGUCCUUCCUAACAACGGAUGAAAUGGUCCCCUUUCUACAGCGCCCUCCCUCCGCCCCAGCGCCCCCUCCUCGGCAUGUUUUGUAUCAGCGAUCAUUCUGAACUGUACAUAAUUUAUGUUGCAAGAGGCAAAGGGCAAGUUUUUGGAUUUUGCUUCUUCCAAGUUUGUUUUUAAAUGGCAAAUAAAAAAAAAGAACAUUUUAAAUA